UACUAGCAGCUUUCCUACCGCUCCUCCCGUUCAAAGCAAGUAAGCAGGAGGAAAGAAACAAUCGGAGAAGAGGGAAGCCAUGGCGGACUCCGCGAGAGUUUUGUCUCACGUUCCUCGAGUCAAGCUCGGGUCUCAAGGGCUCGAGGUCUCGCUCCAGGGACUGGGGUGCAUGGGUAUGUCUGCCUUCUAUGGCCCUUCCAAGCCCGAGAAGGACAUGAUCGAUCUCAUCCACCACGCCGUUCAUUCCGGCGUCACUUUCCUUGACACUUCCGACCUCUAUGGACCCCACACCAACGAGAUCCUUCUCGGGAAGGCUCUGCGAGAAGGGCUUAGGGAGAAAGUUGAGCUCGCCACCAAGUUCGGAGUCAGAUUCUACGAUGACGGGAGGAGGGAAAUUUCAGGGGAACCUUCUUAUGUCAGGUCGGCAUGCGAGGCGAGCCUGAAGAGACUUGGGGUUGACUGCAUCGAUCUGUAUUACCAGCAUCGGAUUGACACGCGUGUGCCCAUUGAAGUUACGGUGGGAGAACUUAAGAAACUAGUUGAGGAAGGGAAGAUAAAAUAUAUAGGAUUGUCUGAGGCUUCUGCUUCAACAAUUAGGAGGGCACAUGCUGUUCAUCCAAUUUCUGCAGUGCAGCUAGAGUGGUCUUUGUGGUCACGGGAUGUUGAGGUUGAUAUCAUUCCUACCUGCAGGGAACUUGGAAUAGGCAUUGUUGCAUACAGCCCACUUGGGAGGGGCUUCUUCUCUUAUGGGCCGAAGUUAGUUGAUGAGCUAUCCAGCGAAGACGUCCGCAAGAUGUUGCCAAGGUUUCAACCUGAGAAUUUAGACAAAAAUGCUGAAAUAUUUGAGAGAGUUAAUGAAAUUGCAUCCAGAAAGGGUUGUACGCCCUCACAACUUGCACUCGCUUGGGUGCAUCACCAGGGAAGCGAUGUAGUCCCCAUUCCCGGCACUACGAAGAUCGAAAACUUCAAUCAGAAUGUUGGGGCACUUUCUGUGAAGCUUACGACUGAAGAAAUAGCUGAACUUGAAUCAUAUGCUUCUGACGAUGCUGUGAAGGGUGAUAGAUAUGGCACCGGAAUGGCGACCUGGAAAAACUCUGAGACCCCUCCGCUUUCCUCUUGGAAUGUUGAAUGAUGGUGCCUUUAUUGCUGUUUUACAGCUCUGUGAAGAAUGAUUUAUGCUUGCGUGUUCCUUUCUUGAGCUGAUUGAAUAAGUUAUACUUGGAUCAACUUAAAGGGUGCUUUUGCCACUUAUUUCUCGUAAUCACAAUGAUAGGUUUGUAAUAAAACAAGUUACUAUUAUGAGAUUUAAUCAUUGCAUUGUGCUUUGGACCUGCAA